UUUUACUCAGAAAGCAAGCAGGAUAUACAACAAAAUGCUGCUUAAGGUGGUACUCUUGUGUCUGGUCGCCGCUGCUAGUGCUGGCAUUGUCCCUGCACACUACAACUAUGCCGCCCCUGCCUAUCCCGCCGCCUAUCAUCCAGUUAAAGCUGCAUAUGCUCACCCUGCUCCAGCUUACGCUGACGUUUACGCCAAGCCUGAGCCUUACAGCUUUGGUUAUGAAGCUAAAAAUGAUUACGAUGGCGCCCUAUGGCAACAGGAAUCAGGAGAUGAGUAUGGCAGUAAACGUGGUUCCUAUGGCUACACUGACGCCUAUGGCAUCAGCCGUACCGUUGAAUACGUUGCCGAUGAAACCGGUUUCCACGCCUGGAUCAAGACCAACGAACCAGGUACCGCUAACCAAAACCCCGCUGAUGUCCAGAUUGCUGCCGACCCCAUCCCUGCUCCAGUUUACACUCAUCCCAAGGCUGUUGUAGCUUCCCCUCAUUAUGCUAAGGCUGUUGUUGCAGCUCCAGCCCACUAUGGUCUCAGUUAUGGCCAUUAA